ACUGAUGAGAACAACGUCCCAGUCACUUUGAUCUACAAGCUGCUUUCCUCACCAAACGGAGACCCAGGGAAUCGAAUCGGAAUUUGGGAAUUCAGGGCAUUUGGCUGGUUUGAAUAGGAGCGAAAAGGGUCUUUUUCUUCAACUUCUGCAAGCUCCUUCGAAACAGCUGCUGCGGAGAUUCUUAUUUUUUCUUUCCUGCUUUUGAGGUCUCUCUCGCCGUCUUUGGGGGUUCGGCACUGCCUUUUCUCUGUGCAAAUUGGUGGCGCAUUAAAAGCGGGGCUUUUACUGAGCUAAUAUUGGUUUUAAAGGGACGCGGAGAGACAUUUGUAGCUUGAGAUUUUGCCCAUUAUUUGGACGCAGUUAAGGCUCUUCCCCACCUGCUAAAUCUUGGGAUGAAGAAUACUUGACACUCUGUUUUCUCAACCGUACUGGCCUCCCUCUACUCGUGCGCUCUUUCUCAGUCUUUCUCUCUCUAAAGCCACUAAUUUGUCAUUCUGAAAACAAGGAAAAGGUGAUAUUACUGUCAUUUUGUGUGGAAGACAGAUCUGCGGUUGCUUCAAUCUUUUCGCGAAAGAGACCUCUCGAAGAAGGAAGUUGAAAGUGAUCUACCGGGAUUUAGACGUUGCCUUCGGAGAAAAACGGAGACAAUGUUGCCUCAGAAGCAAGCAGAGGAAGCAAUAGUUCCCAACAUUAGUGAGACAGAACACGAGGGCAAGGAUGAAGAGAAGGUGGAAGAACAUUCCGUGUUCAGUGUCAAGAACUUUCUCUGGCAUGGUGGUUCUGUCUGGGACGCAUGGUUCAGCUGCGCUUCCAAUCAAGUUGCGCAAGUGCUAUUAACACUUCCUUACUCUUUCUCUCAACUGGGAAUACUAUCAGGAAUCUUGCUUCAGGUAUUCUAUGGAAUAAUGGGAAGCUGGACGGCUUAUCUGAUUAGCGUACUCUAUGUAGAGUACAGAAGCCGAAAGGAGAAGGAAAACGUCAGCUUCAAGAACCAUGUGAUACAGUGGUUUGAAGUGCUUGAUGGCCUUCUUGGUCCGUACUGGAAAGCGGUGGGGCUCGCUUUCAACUGUACUUUCCUCCUCUUUGGAUCGGUCAUUCAGCUUAUAGCUUGUGCAAGUAACAUAUACUACAUCAACGACAAUUUGGACAAACGGACUUGGACCUAUAUUUUUGGUGCUUGCUGUGCUACUACAGUUUUCAUACCUUCCUUUCAUAACUACCGGAUUUGGUCUUUUCUUGGCCUCGGAAUGACCACUUAUACCGCCUGGUACUUGACCAUAGCCGCUGUUGUCCAUGGGCAGGUAGAGAAUGUGUCGCAUUCGGCGCCAACAAAACUAGUGCUAUACUUCACCGGAGCAACCAACAUACUCUACACGUUCGGUGGUCAUGCUGUGACUGUGGAAAUAAUGCACGCCAUGUGGAAGCCCCAGAAAUUCAAGUAUAUAUACCUGAUGGCCACACUUUACGUUUUCACACUAACCAUUCCUUCAGCCACUGCCGUCUACUGGGCUUUUGGUGAUCAGCUCCUCAACCAUUCUAAUGCCUUCUCUCUCCUCCCCAAGAAUGGCUUCCGUGAUGCCGCUGUUAUCUUGAUGCUUAUUCACCAGUUUAUAACAUUUGGGUUUGCAUGCACCCCGCUCUAUUUUGUGUGGGAGAAGGUGAUAGGGAUGCAUGACACAAGGAGCAUCUGUUUAAGGGCGCUAGCAAGGCUACCAGUGGUGAUACCCAUAUGGUUUUUGGCGAUAAUCUUCCCAUUCUUUGGUCCUAUAAAUUCUGCAGUUGGGGCUCUUUUGGUUAGCUUCACUGUAUACAUUAUCCCAUCUUUAGCACAUAUGCUAACCUACAGAAAAGCUUCAGCCCGACAGAAUGCUGCAGAGAAGCCUCCUUUCUUUUUACCAAGCUGGACUGGCAUGUAUGUGGUCAAUGCUUUUAUAGUGGUUUGGGUUCUGGUGGUUGGCUUUGGGUUCGGAGGAUGGGCCAGCAUGACCAACUUUGUGAGGCAAGUAGACACAUUUGGGCUCUUUGCCAAGUGCUAUCAGUGCAAGCCUCCAACACCAACACCAACACCAGCAGCAGCAGCCCCUCAUCACUGAAAUCACUCAAGACGACUCUCUCUCUCUCUCUCUCUCUCUCUCUCUCUCUCUCUCUUCCAGCUCUUUCUUUCUUCCAUAUUCUGUAUCAUACAUGGGGAAGUAGUAAUAUUUCCUCUACAUGUGAUGUGUGGUGGAUUUUUUGCUCUUUUUUGGGAUCUUAUAUUUUUUUGUCUUAAAUUAGUUCCUAUAAAAUAGUGUGUGAUGAUUCCCUUGCUAUCAAAGAAUAGGCUUUACUUGAAUCAGAUAUAUAUGUUUAGGUUAUCUUUUACAAUUAUCCUUUUUUUUUGGUGUUGACAUGUUGUUGGGAUAUUAUAAUAUAUGAUUUUGUUGGCCUU